AUGACGACGAUGGAUCUCCGCGUCGGUAACAAGUACCGCAUCGGCCGCAAGAUCGGCUCUGGCUCCUUUGGUGACAUCUACCUGGGCACGAACAUUAUUUCGGGCGAGGAGAUCGCUAUCAAGCUUGAGAGCGUCAAGGCCAAGCACCCCCAGCUCGAGUAUGAGGCCCGCGUGUAUAAGUCACUGGCUGGUGGCGUUGGCAUUCCCUUUGUCCGCUGGUUCGGCACGGAGUGUGACUACAACGCCAUGGUCCUGGAUCUGUUGGGCCCCAGCUUGGAGGACUUGUUCAACUUUUGCAACCGCAAGUUUUCGCUGAAGACCGUUCUUCUGCUGGCCGACCAGCUCAUUUCGCGUAUCGAGUACAUUCACGCCAAGUCGUUCAUCCACCGCGACAUCAAGCCCGACAAUUUUCUCAUGGGCAUCGGCAAGCGUGGCAACCAGGUCAACGUGAUUGACUUUGGUCUGGCCAAGAAGUACCGUGACCCCAAGACUCACUUCCACAUCCCCUACCGUGAGAACAAGAACCUCACGGGCACUGCCCGUUACGCCUCGAUCAACACCCACCUGGGUGUCGAGCAGUCCCGCCGUGACGACAUGGAGAGCUUGGGCUACGUCAUGCUCUACUUCUGCCGUGGCUCGCUCCCCUGGCAGGGUCUGAAGGCUGCUACCAAGAAGCAGAAGUACGACCGCAUCAUGGAGAAGAAGAUGACCACUCCCACUGAGGUUCUUUGCCGCGGCUUCCCCAACGAGUUUGCCAUCUACCUCAACUACACGCGCUCGCUCCGCUUUGACGACAAGCCGGACUACAGCUACCUCCGCAAGAUCUUCCGCGACCUGUUCGUGCGUGAGGGCUUCCAGUACGACUACGUCUUUGACUGGACUGUGUACAAGUACCAGAAGAACGCCCAGGCCAUCGCCCAGGCUGCUGGCGCUACUGAUGACAAGCAGCGCACUGAUGCUGCAACCGGCAACCCCACGCAGUCCGGUGCGGUCAAGGCUGGCAACAGCUCGCAGAUGAUGUCGGGUGGCCGUCCCCGCAACGCCAAGAUUGGCGACGUUCACGAUGCCAGCCGGGGCCCUGCCGACCGUAUGUGA